GAUGGUGGAAAAGAAGAGAAAACCCGGCCGCUUUUAAUCAUCGUCGUCGGAAGCUCAAAGUCUCCCCUCCCGUUGUUCAUUUGCUUUUGCUCGCUCCCUUUCCUCUCGCGCCCUCCUCCGCAGGAACAGCAGCCACCAGAACCCUUCCGUUUCCUCGCGCUGCUUCCCCGGCCGACUGAUGGAGUUCACCCGCCGAGGCCCCGCCACCGCCGCGGACGACGAGGACGGCCGCCGCUGCUUCCCCGACCUUCCGCCGCCGCACGGAGACGCGAUGGUGGUGAUCAGGGACGCGCUGCUAUCGCAGCUCCAGAAGGAUCGCAUUCGCCAAGAGAUCAUUGUGGCUGAGCUGGCCAAGAUAGAGCGUGCCAUGGCCAAGCACUCCGCUUCACAUCAUGGCAUUGCCACUGCCCAUGUGGGAAGGGCAGAGCCGGUGUCGUUCACCUUCAGUGAGAAGUUCAUGCCACACGGCAGAAGGCUGGUCGGACUGGAACCUUAUGCGGAUGUGGAUGGGGUCUAUGAUCUGAAGAAGGGUGGAAGGCAGGGAAGUGUAGAAUUGAGGUCCGUGAAGUCUGUCAUGGAAGAUCGCAUCGGUGAAUGCUCGAGACCUUGUUGUAAUGGUAAGGUGGGUCAGGAGAACACAACAUUUGAUGAGCGAAAACUGCAAGAAUGCAAUGAAACUAUACAUCCCAAGGAGACAAUGCCUUCAGUGCGAUGGGGGCUGACAGGAAUAACUAUACCAGUUAAGAAACCAAAGUCACUCCUGAAAUGGAGUUGUGCCAUCUGUCAGGUGCAAACACCCAGUGAGCGCCACUUACAAGAGCACUGGGCAGGGAAGAAGCACCGGUCAAAUGUAGCAGCCUUGGAAUCAACAAACAAUAAUCAGAAGGCAGAAACAACAGUGGAACAUUCUUCGUGUGCAAACCAGAAAACAUCCCCAAUAAAAUGGAGCUGCAGCUCAUGCCAGGCUAAUGGCACCAGCGUAGCAGAUAUGAUGGAGCAUCUCAAUGGAAGCGCACACCAACAGAACAUUGAAGCGCAACACAAGGAAGGCAGUGGCAUGGCUAAGAACGUUGAGCUGCAGGAAGCAAAGUGUCACAAGAGCAAUGUGCCACAACAUGCAGAGAAUCCUCCAAUAUGGAGUUGCAGCAGUUGCCGAGCUAACUGUACUAGUGAAUCAGACUUGGGGAGCCACCUUUUAGCAAAGAUUGAAGCCCUACUGAACGAAAUCAAUAACAUGGCAAAGAAUUCUGAGUCACGGGAAGCGAAGUUGCCUCCAAACAUUGUGCGACAACAUGCAGAGCAGACUUCACAAUCGAAUUGCAGCAUUUGUGAAGCUAAUUGUGACUACCAAUCAGACUUGGAGAACCACCUUGCAUGCAAUAUACAGCAACUGAAUGUCCAGACCCAACACGAAGAAGCCAAGCAAAUGGAAGAUAUUCCACCACAAAUCGCCAAGAACCAACAACCACCCUCAGAACCGGAUUGCAGUAUCUGUCAGGCCAAAUGUAACUCUGAACCUCAAUUUGAGCAUCACAUCAGCAGGAGGCGCAGAAAGAAGAUAGAAGCUCUGCAGAGAGAAGGCAAUGAUGCGGAAUCAAGCGGUCUGAAGCCAGCUGAUAAACUACCUUCAGAUGGUUCUGACAGCAAGUGUGUGAGCUCAGAGGAGGAGAAACAGACGGCAUUACAUUUUUGCGAGGUCUGCAGUUUGCAGUUUAACAGUGGGAAUAUGCUCGCAGACCAUUGUAGGGAGGAAGAACACUUGGAGAAACAGAAGUUACUGAAUUAUUGCAAGGUGUGCGAUUUGCAGUGCAACAGCGAGAAAACGCUAGCUCACCAUCGUACUGGGAAGAAGCACCAGAAAAAGCUCAACGCAAAUAAAUGAAAUGCAGUUGUGGCUUAUGACUGUUAAUACAGAGGUUGUAGAGCAAGACGCCGGCAAGUGCACUUCUGCGUCGGACUUUCAUGAUCACAUCAGGGGCAGGCGGCACCGGGAGGCCCUGCUCGUGGAAUUCAAGAAUUACUCUGAUCGCAAGGGUGGAGACGUGGGGAAGACGACGGCAGGCAUGAAGAGCGCAUAUACUACUGCGAGGUCUGCCACGUGCAGUACAACGGCGAGAAGAGGCUGGCGUCGCGCCUCGGCGGGAAGAGGCACCGGGAGAUGCUCGAGGGGCGCGAUUGAGCCGCAGGACCUCGUUUGAUUUACCAUCUUGUGGGUAGCUACGUAGACCGGUACAUUUGUAGGUCUUUUACUGAAGGAGGCUUUGUGUUAGUGUUACUGCUGCAUAUAGCAGUUCAAUUCUUUCUCGUAUUUGGAACUUACAUUGGGUUGAAUUUGCGAAGAUAUCUUCACAUUUGCUGCUGCGCGCGUA